AUGAGGACUCCAGAGAAGAAGAAGAAGAAGACGAAGACGAAGAAGAAGGAGGAGGAGGAUUUGACAGAGGAAGGCGCACGCUGGAUCCAUACGCUGCAUCUCAUUUCGGAGACUGCGUCCUACGGAGCUCCCGUGGUGCUCGAUCCAAACGCUGCCAAUUCUAAACUUAUACUGUCUGAUGACCUGACAAGCUUGAGGGACGAAGACGUGGCUGAUGUGCAGAGGAAGAAGGUUCCCGCUAACCCGGAGAGAUUUGAUGGGUUUCCCUGUGUUCUGGGCUCUGUGGGCUAUUCCUCAGGGACACACAUUUGGGAUGUGGAUGUGGGAGACAGCACUUUCUGGAUGCUGGGAGUCUCUACAGAGCCUGUCCAGAGAAAAGGUUUGCCCAGCGAGGUCUGGUGCAUCAGCUAUGACAGCGACACACUCGGUCUGAAGGCUCCUCAGGAGCCAUGCAUCCAUUUCCUUGAGUGCGAGAAACCGAAGCGAGUGAGAGUGAAGCUUGAUUUGGAUGAAGGACAGCUUUCAUUCUCAGAUCCUCUCAGCGAAACACUCUAUCACACCUUCACCACUAGUUUCAAAGAGAAGGUCUAUCCAUUCUUCUGCAAUCUGAGCAGCGUCUCUCUGAGGAUUGUGCCUGUGGUCGAGCCCUGUAAUUAAAGGAGAAAGAAAGUUUAUUUGGAAGUUUGUUUUGGUCUGGUUAUCGUUUGCUAUGCUGUCUUGUGAGUUCUGCAAGUUUACUUGAAGAAAGAAGAGAACACUCAAGAACACUUAGAGUCAGUUUUGCAGAGAAGAUAAAUCACUAGUUUGUAGUUUCUU